UCAAAACUUCAGACGCAGCUGAGUUUCCAACGCGAAAGGAACCAAUCGAGAUUUCCGAGUGUCCUGUUACAAGGACCAAUUUCAGCAGAAACAUGUUGCGCCUCCUGCUGUUGCCGCUCUUCCUCUUCACGUUGUCCAUGGCCUGCAUGGGUCAGACUUUUCAGUACUCCCGGGGCUGGACAAAUGGCAAGAGAUCCUUCAGCUCUGCAACUCCACUGCUGACCAACGGACAUUUCCACCGAGAUCGAACAAACGAGCUGGGAUUUACGGAUCUGUACGAUCUUCAAGAUUGGAGCAGUGAUCGCAGACUGGAGCGUUGUCUGUCGCAACUCCAACGAUCAUUGAUUGGUCGAAACUGUGCCCCUGGAUCGGACUUCAAUGCCAACCGAGCAGAUACAGAUUCUGAGAGCAAUCCCCAUCCCAGACUUACCAACAUUAAUAACGAAAAUGUUUUGUAUUCAAAUGCCAAUAUCCCGAACAGACAUCGCCAGUCGAACGAACUCCUCGAGGAGCUGACUGCCGCUGGUGGAGCUUCUCCUGAUCCCAAUGUGUUUGGAAAACAUUAGCCCCUACCUUUACAGACCAUUGAAAUUGAAAUAUAUUGUUAAACUAGCAAAAAAUGCUACAAAAAUGUAAAAAAAAAUUGAUUAAACAGUUUAAUAAAA